UAUUAUUUUUUAGGCGGGUAACACUAUUUUCCUGGGCAACGGUAGGCAAGAUGAUUUAUAAACAAAAAAUGAGCUUACAAAAUGCCAAUUAUUGUAUUGAAUUUUGAGAUAAAAGUUAAAAUAUUUACAACUAAACUGUAGUGCGCUGUAGUUAAAGUUAAAUACAAGUUAUCAGAACUCAAACACAAUGGCUUCAACGCGAGAUCAAAAAAUCGAACAGCAACGGCAAUUAAUGGAAUUGAAAAUGAAACAGAAACGCCAAAAUUCUGGCAUGGUUCAAGCGAAUGAUCUAAGAGUAGGAUCAGCAAAACGUCCAAUAUCAGGCAGCCGGUCCCGAGAACUGCAUGGCUAUGAUGGCCCGAUGCAAUUUCUUAUGUCGCCAGUCAAUCCGGACCAAGUUAUACCCCUCCAAACUAAUAGAAUAUCAACUUAUGAUGAGUUAGGCAAUCAGAUAGAAGUGCUAACGGUAGGCGAGGGUGACGGCAGCGGGGAGGAAGAUGACGAGAGCGUACCGGUCUGCAGUGUGGGCCGUGACGCGAGCACUGAUGACGUGUGCGCGGACGCAGCUGUCGCGCCCCUGCAUGAUAAGCCGAGGAGGGAUAGCUCGCCUAGCCAGACAGCUGAAAUAGAAGGGUCAGUGGAGGGCGCGGUAGAAACCUUCGUGGUGACCCCGGCUAAGCACGGCACGCUAUACAAAUGUCGCAUAGCCCGUGACCGUAAGGGCAUGGACCGAGGACUCUACCCUACAUACUUCUUGCACCUCGAAAAGGAUUAUGGGAAAAAGGUCUUCUUGCUGGCUGCCCGCAAACGCAAGAAAUCAGCCACCUCGAACUACCUGAUCUCCACGGAUCCUACAGAACUAACUCGCACUGCUGACAGUUUCGCGGGCAAGUUGCGAUCCAAUUUACUGGGGACUGCGUUCACUGUGUACGACAACGGCAAAGCGUGGAGGAAGCACGAUCACGCUCAUACUAGACAUGAGUUGGCUGCUGUUGUUUAUGAUACAAACGUCCUCGGUUUCAAAGGUCCGAGAAAAAUGACCGUCAUCCUCCCAGGCAUGACUCCCGACCGCCAACGCGUCACCAUCGCGCCACAGGACGACAGCGAAACACUUCUCGAACGACUCAAGAGCCAAACUUUAGACGAUAUUGUCGUACUACACAACAAAACUCCCGUUUGGAACGACGAAACUCAGUCGUACGUUCUCAAUUUUCACGGCAGAGUGACUCAGGCAAGUGUGAAAAAUUUCCAAAUUGUUCACGAUUCGGAACCGGAUUAUGUAGUCAUGCAAUUCGGUCGUAUAUCUGAGGAUGUCUUUACAAUGGACUUUAGGUACCCUCUUUGCGCUCUACAGGCGUUUGGUAUAGCUCUCAGUUCUUUUGACAGCAAAUUAGCUUGCGAAUGAUCUCGUUUUUCGUCACUUCAACAUUCCAUUGUGGUUGUCGGUUUUACAAUUUAUUUAUUGUGGUUUUUAUCACGAGGCUAUAAUUUACUUGUACGUAAUUUUUUUAGGCUGCUGUCACAAAUGCAUAGGAUUUGAGUCUUUUAUCAUUGUCUUAGAUAGUCGGUGAAGGUCUAUGAGAUGAAAAUGAAUGAAGUAGGCAUUUCUAUACAAACAUAUUCAAACUAAAACAUAAGGAUGGAAUACUUCUGAAAGUAACUAAUAUAGCGCUAGCAGCUUAAUCAAAUAAUCUAAAACUAUUUAAAUGAAAUUAUAAGAAAAUACUAUUCCUUGCCUUAGAACUUCACCGACAUCAUUUUUGCUUUAUAAAUUGAUAGGUCCAUCAUAUACACUUUUCGACGUAUCUUGCAAGUCUGGCAUUCCCUACAGCUGCGCAGUAGACAAUUUUGUUCUCAAAAAAUCUAUUUGCGCACCCAUAGAGUAUUUCAGACUCGCCAAGACACGUCGGACAGUCUGUAAAUUCUUACUUGUUUAUCGUACUUAAAACAUUAUAUUAUUUAUUAUGAAAAAAAAAAACAAACGCACAUUUGUUUUUGGUGCUUGUUGUGAUGUGGGUUGUGUUUUCCGUAAUUCAACUUUCAUCGAUGUUAGAACGAAGUUUGUAAUCUAGUUGUGUCUGUAGUAUGCCUAAUAAGGCUGUGUUUAAGAAAUUGGUUGUUCUUAUGAGUGCCCGUUCAAGAGUCGCUACACAAUAAACUUAACAAAUUGAACAAUAGUUUCUUAGUAAAGAUUUAGUUAGUUUUUUAGAGAAGUAAUUUUUUUACAGACUUCCAAAAAAGAUACUCUAUUAUUCGUCAUCUUUUAGUUGCUUCAUAAACCAAGUACAAUGUAUGCAAUGCUGCAGUUAACUUCUAUCUAGGCGACUUUUGAGCAGGCUCCGAUAAGAAUUAUCAUGUUUCUUAAACAAAAUAUAAGUGUAAUUUACUGAGGUCCAAGGUAUAGAAUCCAAGGAAAAUUGCACAUAUGCAUUUACUAUCAUAUCUGUCUGUUACUAGUAGAAAGUAUGCAAUGUGGGAAUUAAUUUAUAAAACUACUUUUUAAAAUGUAGUUGCAAGACCAUUAUGAAGCAUUUUCAAUUCGCUUUUGUAUGAAAUUGAAAAAAAAUGAAUUUAAAUAAUGUACAUAAAAAGGAAUUAUUACAAUAAUCUUAAAUAUUUAUUGACAAUUUGAUUGAAAAUUAAUUAAUUGAGCGAUAUAAAGAGAACUUUAAAGCUUAUUUGAACGCAACAAUAGUUUUAUUUCCAUAUUUUUAUGUGUAUUUUUUAAUACUUUUUCAAUAAUGUUCCUUCUACGUCAACGCACAUGCUUGCACAUUAUAGUCAGUAUGACAGUCUUACUUAAACUUAGGUAUAUUUAGGUACCUAGCAUAUAGUAAUAUUUUAAUUUCUCUUCACAAAAAUAAUGUAUUCUGUAGCUACUGAUUCAGUGAAGUAAUAACAUUGUAACCAUUACUUCACAGAAAAUAUAAUGCAAUUGCUUUUGUUAUAGCAUUUUUUCAAGAUUCAUUUCAUUUCAUGAUGCUUACUUUGAAAUCUUAAGCCUUCUUGGAGACAAAAUCAAGAUAGGACGUAAUGUUAAACUGUCAAAAUGAAAGCAAAUGCACUAUAGGAGCCUCUAUUUCUUUGUAGGCCAGCUCACUUUCUGCUCAGUAUUCUUUAUAUGAACGCUUUUUAAAAUUACAUGUCGUCAUAAUCCAAUAUGGCCAAUAUUGUAUUGCCAUAAUAUUAGUUACGCAAAUAAUUAAUUGACAAUUCUAUGUACAAACUAUUCUUAAGCAUCACUUAGUGUUAGUUUUGUAUCCUAGUCAAUUUAGGUUUUAGUUAAUUUAAAGUUAGCACUAAUGAUGAUAAUUUGAAUUUUAAAAGCACAAAUUAUGUUAAGGAUUUUUAUGAAUUUUCAAUUAUUUGGUGUCAUAAACAAUUAUGAAUAUUUAGAUAAAAAAGGAAUUGCUUUAAACAAAAAUGAACGUUAAGUUUUUUUUGGAUAAUCAUGUUAAUCACAAUAGAUUUAAUUUCUUAAUGAAUGUUGUAUGUUUGCCAGUGAUACCACACCAGUAUUAUUUUUAAUUUACAAUUUAGACUUAUUAUUUUACCCAAUUAUUUAUAAACCUGACAAUAACAAUGUACAUUGUACCCACUGCCUUCUCCUGGAUCAUUUUGGAUUUAAAAAACACAUUUGUUCAACAAAACAAAUGUUAAAAAAAACUAUUAGAUUAAAUAAAUGUGCCUAUAAUUAGGUUACGUGUUUAGAUAGCUAAAUGAGAACUUAAAUGAAAAUUGUAAAUUACUAAAUAAAAAUGUCAAUGCGUCUAUGUAAUAAAAAUAUCAUGAGCUUCUUGUAAUCGUAAUAAUCGUAUUAAAUAUGAAUUUUGACCUAUUUUCGAGAAAAUCAUAUAACUAUCAUGAUUGCAAAUGCUUCACUGAAUUUUGGUGUAUUAAAAUUGUUUUCUUGCAGCCUGUUUCAUGUACCUAUGUACUCCCAGAAAGGGCAAAGUACUUAUUUGACAUACUUUUGUAAAAACAUACUUGGCUCAUUGUACAAUCUCAACUUAAGGCAGACAUCUGCAUUGACUGUACUUAACACUGCCAAAAUGAGACAAGUUGAAUAAGGUUCUUAAAAUUAUCUAAUGAGUUUUAAUUAGUCCACAAAAGUUGCGAAAAAGCCUAUUUGUCAUCCUCAUCCAAUUCACGUUCUGUUUUUUUAUUAUAAUAAAUUAUAAUUGAAAUUACAUUUAAUAUCCAUGUGUAUUGAUGAGUAGGUUGCAUAUUGGUAUUAGGGCUUGUAUUCACUACUUGGACAAAAUUUUAUGAUCAAGAGAAAAUUAUUCGGUCAUCUUGCUUUCCAUAGUGAAUACAAGCCUAAGCGAAAUCAUGGGCUUGAGAGCAAAAUGUCACAUCUCUUUAGUUAGGCAUCUACACAUAAUAAAUUGAAAAUUUAAUUUGGUAGUAUUGUAAAUACUAAAGUAUGAAUUUUGGUGUAUUGUGCCUUUGGUAACGAUAGGUUAAAUGUUUGUGCCUUUUAUUUUCAUGUUUACUAUGUAUUUUGUACCUGGAGCUUUUCGUAGGCACAGAACUACCCCCCCUUUACUAGAUGACAAAUCGCUUUUACAACUUCAAGAUGUUUAGAUUACUUAUAAGGGCAACUUUUACAAGCAAAGCUGUCUUUAGUCUAGUCUAGUAUAGUAGUAGAUGUGGUGGAUGUUCGGUACUAUAAUUGAAACUGUGUAAAUUAAUAAACUAUUGAAAACUUUUGUAAAAAUUCAUGAGAAAAUGUCCAUUUUAAUUAACUUGUGAAUUUAAUCAAAUUUUGCUCAUAGUUAUUGUGCAGUAUGUGUGUAGUAAAAUAUGUACUCUUGAAAUGUGCUUACACACUCAAUUAUUUUUGUUUAAUACUGAAGUAGAAAAGAUAUAGAAUACAUACCUACACAAUAUUUACUGAUAUGGACUUAUUUAUAAAUGAAGUCGGUUAAUAAUACCCAAUCAUGUCUACAUAUUUGCAAUGAAUUUAACAUAACAAUAUUACAUUUAUUGAUGUAUAAAUUAUUUCUAAUAUCUAUUGUAAAUAGUAUGUAAACUGAAAUAUUGAACACAAAUAAUGUCUAAGCUCUGUAACAAUUUGUGUUAAACUAGUGAAGCACUGUGCAUUAGAAUAUCUGUUAAAAAUAAUAGUAAAUUGUCUUUGAUAUAAUUUAUUGGUUCCUGAGAAAGAUCAUGUUUGUAACUUAUAUCAUGACAAAUCCAGUGAUGUAUUAUGUAUUUAUUGAACAUUCCUUGUUUGUGAUAUGAAAAUCAUGAUUUUGUUAUCAAUAAAUUUUAUUGAUGCA